CACAAAAACUUGGCAAGCAGAAGCCAUCUAGCGUACAAGCCAGAUCAGAGAGCUUCAUCACUUCGGCAGACUAAAUACAUAUAACUCCUUCACCAGAACAUCCAUGCCGUGUCUCCAUUCUUUUUUUCUCACUCUCUCUAUUUUUCUUUCUAUCGCUCUUUUCCUGGAUUUCAGCUACAGGCCACGUCCCAGAGACGCGUUUCAGCAAAGCAUGUGUCUGUUGACAAGCUUAGGAACAUUCUUGAAGCAUCAGCACCUGCGCAGGGUGGAGGGUUGUCAUUUAAGGGCUGGCGGGGGCGGGGAAGGAUAUGUCUGAAUUUCCUGUUGUGGUGAUUCGAUCCGAAUGCGAGACUUUGCCGGUUGCAAAGCACUAAAGCUCCAACCACACCACCAACUUUUACAUGUUGUCUUAUUAACACUAUAUACCUCUACAUACCAAUUUUUUUGAUGAAAUAAAGCCAUCAAAAACUACUAAUUUCUGUGUUGAGGAUACAAAAAAGUGGGAAACUGAGAAAAAGUGGGAGAGAUGCUUUCAGACGGGAAACAUCCUCCCACAUCCCACAUCAGCAGAAACACAUGCUCACAACAGUUUGCCCCAUUUUGUUAAAGUUAUCAGUCACUUCAAUCUCUCUCGCCUUCUCUGUUUUUCUCUCUUUCUCUCUCAAACAUCAUUUUCCGCAGCUUCUGAUCUAGAGAGACUCUUCAACCCCUUGUCGCCUCCAUCAUGUCCGACCCUGCCACGGACCUCCCGUUCUUCUAUGGCAGCAUCAGUCGCUUGGAGGCCGAGGAGCACCUGAAGCUGGCCGGCAUGGGAGACGGCCACUUCCUCCUGCGGCAGUGCCUCCGCAGUUUGGGCGGCUACGUCCUGUCUUUGGUUUGGAACCUGGAAUUCUACCAUUACUCCAUUGAAAAACAGCUUAACGGCACAUACUGCAUCGCAGGUGGGAAGCCUCACUGCGGACCUGCUGAGCUCUGUGAGUUCUACAGCAAAGACCCCGAUGGGCUCAUGUGCACCUUGAGAAAACCCUGCCUGCGAACGGCUGACACAUCAAUCAAGGCAGGCGUCUUUGACAGCCUGAGGGACAAUAUGCUCAGGGAAUAUGUGCGUCAGACUUGGAACCUGGAGGGGGAGGCCAUGGAACAAGCCGUCAUUAGCCAGGCCCCACAGCUAGAGAAACUGAUUGCCACCACAGCGCAUGAGAAAAUGCCCUGGUUCCAUGGCAAGAUCCCUCGCCAGGAGGGUGAGAGACGACUGUAUUCAGGAUCUCAGCCGGAUGGAAAGUUCCUAGUCCGAGAGAGAGAAGAAUUUGGCACGUAUGCGCUGUCACUGACAUACGGAAAAACAGUAUACCAUUAUCAGAUUUUACACGACAAAUCAGGGAAAUGCGCAAUGCCAGAGGGAACUAAAUUUGACACGGUGUGGCAGCUGGUUGAAUAUUUAAAGAUGAAGCCUGAUGGUCUUGUGACUGUACUGAGAGAACCGUGUAUCAACCAAAGUAAUGCAGUUUCAGCUCUUACAAACGUUCCGAGGAGGCAGAGAGGUAAUGGAUACACACCGCCCCCUAUGGUGCCCAAGCCUUCAGGAGCUGAGCCUCCACGUCCAGCUUUGCCUAUGGACCAUGAUGCAUUCAUCAGUCCUUACGAUGAUCCAAAUGAAUGCAAGAAGAAGUCCCUGUUCAUCAAGAGAGACAAGCUCAUGAUCGACGAGGUGGAGCUUGGUUCAGGCAACUUCGGCUGUGUCAAGAAAGGUGUAUUCAAAAUGGAAAGCAAACAGAUUGAUGUGGCAAUUAAAGUGCUGAAGAAUGAGAAUGAAAAAUCAGUAAAGGAUGAAAUGAUGCGAGAGGCCCAUAUUAUGCAUCAGCUGAGUGAUCCGUUCAUUGUGCGCAUGAUUGGAGUCUGUGAGGCUGAAGUGCUCAUGUUGGUGAUGGAAAUGGCCCCCGCUGGCCCACUCAACAAGUUUCUCUCUGGCAAGAAGGACCAGAUCACUAUGGAAAACAUUGUGAUGUUAAUGCAUCAGGUCUCGAUGGGGAUGAAGUAUUUAGAAGAAAGGAACUUUGUGCACAGAGACCUGGCAGCCCGUAAUGUACUAUUAGUCAACCAGCAAUAUGCCAAGAUCAGUGACUUCGGCCUCUCCAAGGCACUGGGUGCAGAUGACAACUAUUACAAGGCCCGUACAGGAGGUAAAUGGCCUCUGAAGUGGUACGCACCAGAGUGCAUUCAAUAUCAUAAGUUCUCCAGCAAAAGUGACGUUUGGAGCUUUGGCAUUACGAUGUGGGAGGCCUUCUCCUAUGGAGGAAAGCCUUAUAAGAAAAUGAAAGGCCCAGAGGUAAUGAGUUUUAUUGAAAGUGGUAGUCGUAUGGAUUGCCCUGCUGGAUGUCCUGAGACCAUGCAUGAACUGAUGAAGGAGUGCUGGACAUACAAGCAUGAAGAACGGCCAGGUUUUGUCAAAGUGGAGGAGAAGAUGAGAAAUUUCUAUUACUCCAUUUCCAAAAAGAUUCCGGACUACAUGAAAACAGAGAACGGAAAGCCCCCUAUGUGAUCACAGGGGCAAAUCUAUUUUUUGCAAUUUUAUGAAUUUUGCAUUGUAUUGUGUUGUGUUUUGGGGUUAAAGGAAAUGUCUGCAAAUUUAAUGGAUAAUGUGCUGGCAGAAAAUUACCAGAACCUUUUCCAUUUUUGUACGGAUUUUUUUUUUCUUCCAGUGGGUCUCUUUGACCUGUGUGUUUUGAGCCAGGACAGAAUGAAAACAUGUGAAGAACAGUUUUAAAAUAUUUGCUUUAAGUAACUUUAAUAUUAUGUCCAUCAUACUAUAGACUUAGCAAUACAAGUCACCUUUUUAACUUAUUGGCCUGCUAUUAUCAGUGCUCAUACUAUUUGCGUUCAGUGCCUAUUUACUAAUUAAAUAUGCCAGGAAAUGCUUUUCUUCCUACAAGUGUUUCAGUUAUUGACAUCAGAUGGAUACGUUUUCUCUAUCAUCCAUUAACACUUUCAAUACGAGAGGAAAUACUUACUUAAACGUCUUGUUUUUUGUUUAAUAAUUUGAUUGUAAGUUUCCUGCCUUCCUUUUAACAAUAUGUGUUCUCAAAUAUUUGUAUGAAAAUUAAUUUUGUGACACGUCUGAAGGUUUUUUAAACCUUGCAAUAAACUGUAAAUGCAAUAAAAAAAAAUUCAU